AUUUGAGCUACAGCCUUUUUAUGAACGUAUGGGCUGCUUAAUGUUUAACAUUUGUGUGACACAUGUCAAUGCGCAUAAAAUUAUUUUUAGCAAAAUUGGCAGAAUUUGUUUGUUUGACUGCGAAAAUUUCCGGUUAAUGUGAUUUCAUUAAUAAUUUUCGUACAUUAACAAAUAAAAAAGGUUAACAUAAAUAAUAAUUUGAAUAAAAUACUAAUUCAAAUUUUAUAAACUAAUUACUAUACAAAAUCGGAGCGCAGUUCUAAGUAAUUCACAAACUGAAGUUACGCGCCAAUUUUUGCAACUGUAGUUAGAACGGAAUUUUCGCUAAAUAUGACGCGGAUUCAUGAUUAUGAGGACCUGGUGCUUGAUGCACUAGAAGUUGUCGAAUUUAAAUUGAUCCGUGACCGUAAAGAUGUGGAAAACGAUGCGAUCGUUUUUCAUCCGGCAAUGGCGCAUCAAAUAUUUGGUGAGAGCGAGAGCAUUUUUGGUUACCAAGAUCUAAAAGUGCACAUAUAUUACACUGCUGGUCCACUGCAUAUAUAUGUAGGCACUGAGCACACAAGUAAAGUGGAUGAGCUUUCUGGCGGCGACAUAAAGGCAGAUGAUGUAGUUGGCAUAGUUGCUGAAAAAUUGCCAGCUGGAUGCUGUUUUUUGAAUAUUGACGAGUUUCUUAAGACCAUUGAUAGGGCAGAAAAGUUUCAACCCUUUGGUGAAAAAUUGACAGAAUAUAAGCACUCUGAUGGCGACGGCAAAGAAAGGUUAUUUGAAAUUUAUCAUUGCACUUACAAAUCGGCAGCUUUUUUAAAAUUUUUUGCUCGUUUACAAACAUUUGUGUUGUGGUUUGUUGAUGCAGCUUCAUAUAUUGACGUGGAUGACCCACAGUGGCAUUACUUUGUUUGCUAUGAAAAGUACACAAAUGAUAAUGCUGAACCACAGUAUGCCACGGUUGCCUAUACAACAGUAUAUGAAUACUAUGCAUAUCCACAAAAUGUACGUCCUCGUAUUAGUCAAAUGCUGGUUUUGCCACCUUUCCAAAAGCGCGGUGUUGGCACACAUUUAAUAGAAACAAUAUACAAAUUCUAUCAAGCACAGAAAACGGUUAUUGAUAUCACCGUCGAGGAUCCCUCAGAUGAAUUUCAACGUUUACGUAAUUGUAUUGAUGCGCGUUUAUGUAAGGAUCUCAAAUCCUUUUCCAAAGAACAAUUAUUAAAGGGCUUCAGCAAAGAGAUGAUAACUGAAGCAAGAGAGACUCUUAAGAUAAAUCCUCGUCAAUGUCGCAAAAUAUAUGAAAUUCUAAGACUUAUGCACACCAAUAUCUAUAAUGAAGAGGAGUAUAAGGAUUAUCGUUUAGAUAUUAAAAAACGUUUGAAUGCUGUAUAUCACAAGCAACUCGACGAUAUUAAGAAAAUGGAAAAGGCAAAAUUUGAUACCGAAUGGUUGCGCGCACGUAUUCCUAUAUUGACUUUACGAAUGGAACAGCUGCAGGAGGAAUUCGAAGCUGUCGUAUCAGAUUAUAAGAGAGUUAUUGAGAAGUUAAAUGCUUAAAUGCUACAAUUAAAAUUGUUACAUUAUUUAUUUUUUUUAUACUACGCUUUAUAUAAUAAAGCAAUUCAAUCAGAUUUA